GACGCCUCCACAACUCCCCUCCUCCACCCCAAAAGCCCAAGUCUGUUUCUCUCUCUCCAUUUUUUUUUCUGUGGCGCAACUCACAGAGAGCGAGAGAGGGAUGCAGAUACUCGUCGGAGACAUACCCAUUGAGCUGCCCACUGAGGAGUCAGAUGGGUUUCUCGUCGGUACUGACGAGAAGAAGUACGAGAAUUGUCCUAACCUAGAAAGGCGGGAGGAGCGUCGUGUGGAGGAGCUAGAGGAGUGUCCUCGCCUAGAAGGGCAGGCGGAGCGUCGUGAGGAGGAGCUAGAAGCCUCCACCGACUCUGAUAUCAAACAGCUACCCAUCCGUUUGCCGGAUUCACUUCUUCUUCAAAUUUUCGGCCGCUUGUCCCCGGAGUCCUUCUGCCACUUGUCCCCGGUCUUGUGGAAAGACGCCUGUGUACGCGCUGAGGAUAUUAAUAGCUACUUCCCUGGAUGCAUUUAUGAGUGCAAAAACUGUGGCCGACAAUCCCGUACGCUUCAAGCACUCAGAGGAUGCAAUGGAUCCAUUCUGAUUAAGCUGCAACGGAUGAUGGAUGGUCAUGGAUCCAGGAUGAACAGCUUGCCGGCGAGAGCAAGACCAGACUGUCUCCCCUGGCCCCAUUCCUGUGAUCCGACUCAGAAGGUUUCUCCAGUCGAAGGCAGAAGCAGAAUGCGUGGUGAGUUCGAUUAUCUUACCACGCUCGAUUAUCUUGCUCCUGUAGACAGAGCUAUCGAUACUGUUGAAGAGGGAGAAAUAUGUCACCUGCAAGCAAGAGAUUACAGGUCCCUCUGGCUCCAUGGGAAUGAUUUUGGCGAAGGAACAAGCAGAAUGUACAGUCCCAUCUCUCACGGCGCAUAUCCAAGUGGCAAGUCGCAUGGUCUUAAUCAUGAACAUGCCAGAUCCAUCCCGCUGCAAGGCGGGAGGCUGUCCUUGGAUGGAACGGCCAAGUUGACUGAAAGCCAUUCCAAUUGCGAAACCUGGGACCCGCAUUUCCCUCAAGCCCGCAGAGGCCACGGACCCAAUCACCUUGAGCUGACACUGAUCAUAGGUGAUGACGAAUCCGGAUUGAAUAGAGGGAAAGCAAGACCACCCACGUCCCCCAAGUACGAUGGGCCAACUACAUCGAAUGUUUCUAGCGAAGGCAUGAGCACGAUGCUCAAUCCCGGCUCUAGCAGCGAGGUCAUUGUUCUUGCUCGUGAAGAAGGUGAUAUCGAGAUAGGAGGCACGCCUUUCUUGGAUCAGGUUCAGGGUGGGCAGGCACCGAUGUUCUGGGGAGAUUCCUCGUCCCAUGGUUCUGCUCAUGAAAACAGGGAUAUGGAGAUGGGAGGCACGCACACCUCAGAUCAUCUUCCUGGUGAGUCAGGAUCUGUGGAUAUCUGUCCCUAUCAUGUUGCUCGUGAAGACAACUGGGAGAGAUUGACCACCAUGGUAGAUCCGUUGCUCGCCGUGAUCUUUCAGGGUGUUUGUUCCCUUCUGGCUUACAAAAGUAGCGAUGGUUUGCUUGCUAGGAACGUGCUGUUUUAUGUCCUUGUGUUUGAUUGCAUGCUUGGCUUCUUAUUUGUUCUUGGAGGCAAAUGGUUCCGCUGUGCCAAAAUGAAAGCGAUCGGAUUGCUGGCUGCGGCACUGGGCUUUCUGAUGACCAUGGCCUUGGUCAUCAUCUACAAAAUUGGAUGAGCUAACUCGGAAGACCGCGGUCUCUCUCUUUUCGGAAAAUGAAGCACGAGUCUCAGUCCCAUCUAUGUGGUGGAUUUCAUGAUUUACUUUUUAUCUAUUUUUCUUCAGAAAAUGGAGCAUGAGUCUCCAGACCCCACGUAUUUGUUUUUUCAGAAAAUGGAGGAUGAGUCUCCGGAACCCACGUAUUUGGUGGAUUUCAUGAUUUACUUUUUUUUUCUUUACAAUUCCCCUCGGCUUCUCUAUUA